AUGUCUGACGGUAGCGCGUCGUCAACGGUCCAAGGCACUGCAGCCAGCGCUGCGUCUCAGCCACUGCAAUCGGAAAAAAUAACGUCGCAAAACAUUCCACCGAACGAAUUUGAAACAGUGGAAAACGAUUCGAGGGACGUGGAGCCCAUUUUUGACACGGGGAAGGAUGCAUGGAUGACGGUGUGCGGAGCGUGGAUGAUACAGUUUUGUACCUAUGGCUACGUCUCAGCCUUCGGGGUCUACCAGGAUUACUAUAGUAGAAAUUUCCUGUCCCAAAACACUCCUUCAGAGAUUAGUUGGAUUGGAAGCACUCAACUAUUUCUGCAGUAUGCAGCCGGAAUAUUCGUCGGUCGAGCAUUUGAUGCGGGAUACUUUCACCGCAUGAUUGAGCUAGGCACGUUACUACAAAUUUUGUCGAUGUGCAUGCUAUCUUUAGCACGCCAGCAUCAUUACUACGAGGUAUUUUUAGCACAAGCGCUUGGAAUGGGGAUAGGGCAGUCGCUCCUUUUCCUUCCGUCUUUGACGAUCCUUGGGCACCACUUUAAACGUCGCCGGGCGUUGGCUACCGGAAUAUCAGUAUCGGGUUCUUCCAUUGGAGGAAUCGUAUGGCCCAUCCUGCUGAACCAACUAAGCCAACAUACCUCGUUUGCCAAUGCCAUCCGAACAACUGCAGCUUUGAAUGGGUUAAUGCUCGUGGCAUCAUAUUUUCUUAUGAAAACGAGGCCAAUUUUUAACACCUCCGAGCGAACAACACCCAAUUUUGGGGUUAUUUUCAAAGAUGCAGCGUACCUUGUGUCCGUCGCUUCGGCAUUCUGCAUAAACAUCGGUAUCUUUUUCCCCUAUUUCUAUCUACAGUUAUUCUCCAUAGAUCUUGGUAUCAGCAAAAACCUUUCGUUCUAUUCCAUCGCCAUUCUGAAUGUUGGAAGUUUUUUCGGGAGGCUGCUACCGAGCUUGCUGGCUGACAGGGUGGGGGUUUACAACAUGCUUCUUCCAUCGCUCGUCGUCGCUUCAGCGCUAGUGUUCGUAUUGUUUGGCGUAUCAAACUUUGCUGGAGUCAUAUUGUUUGGCUUGUUCUAUGGGUUCUGGUCUGGCGCAUACGUCUCGCUCAUACCUUCUCUACUUGCACAACUCAGCACACAUCCCGGAGAACAUGGGACUCGUAUGGGGACAGCGUUCUCCAUCGUUGCCAUAUCUGUCCUUAUUGGGACACCCAUUGAGGGCAGUCUGCUUCACACAGAUGGCGAGAAACAGGUUUGGCAUAGAUCUAUUAUUUUCUGCGGGAUGCCAUACAGCCAUCAUUCUCACUCUGGCCAAUUCUGCAAGCACGCCUCGGGUUUACUAGAAGAUGUCGUUCAAGAAGCCAUUCGCCAACGGUUCGAAGUUUACGGCCUGACCGAACAUGUUCCUCGAUAUCGGGAUGUUGACUUGUAUCCUGAAGAGAAAGAUGUGUCACUUGAGACGUUAUCCAAUCAGUUCAACGAUUUCUUGGAAGAAGCGCAUCGUCUGAAAUCAUUAUACGCAUCCAAACUCACCCUGUUAGUGGGUUUAGAGACAGAGUAUAUCACAGAUUUGGACCUUAGGAAUCUGGAAACUCUAUUGAAAAAUCUGGGGAACCGUGUGGAAUACCUCGUUGGGUCCAUUCAUCACGUCAACGGAUUCCCGAUCGACUUCGACUAUCCUACCUAUCAGCGCGCACUUACGAGUUUUACGGACUGUGCAGAGGAAGACCGUCAAGAAGCACUCCUCUUAGCCUAUUUCGAUGCACAGUACGAACUACUACAGCGCUUCAAGCCCGAAAUUGUUGGACAUUUCGAUUUAUGCCGUCUUUACACUCCAACACUUCGAUUUAUUGAUUAUCCACGCGUCACCGAAAAGAUUGAGCGGAAUAUUCGUUUUGCCGUGGAAUAUGGUGCGCUAUUCGAAAUCAAUGCAGCGGCCUUCAGGAAGAACUGGCAUACCGCCUAUCCUGGGGAAGAUAUUAUAAUCCGCAGCCAUGCAGGGCGCUUUGCACUGUCUGAUGAUAGUCAUGGGCCGCACGCUGUCGGACUGAACUACCACCGCCUUCCCGAGUACCUGCACUCUGUAGGCAUCUCCGAACUCUGGUACCUCAAAGCCACAGACUUGCCGAAUGCUGCCGGGAGAUUCAUUCACCCCGUCAAACUUGACGAAAAAUGGUUAAUCCAUGAUUUUUGGCGUCAAAAAUCGUCUUGA